AUGAACACCCGCGACUCCGACACAACCUCCUACGCCAUCGACUACCUCGACUUACCCGGGGACAACCUGGUGAAGGCUCUUCUCCUGCGUUUGGAAAGCGCAAUCAAUAAAGUCGAGCUUGGAUACGAAGCAUUGGAGUUGGUUACGGAGGCGCUCAUCGAGUCACAGUGUCUCCCGAGGUCACUUUGGCGAAGCUUUAACGCUUGUAUCAGCAAUCUCCAAGCGCAACUGCUGGAUGCGGCCGACGGUUGGUCUCACCACCAUAAAGCACUACGCCAUGAGCUCGAGCAAGUUUCCUCGGAGACCGCGCGCGUUGCGUGCGCCACGAUCGGCAACCCAAGAUUCCCCGACCCCUUUUACCUGUGGCCACUUGUAGGGCUCGGUUUCCCUGCCAUGAAACUUCGAUUUCAAGUAGAACAGAGCUGGCAGAUCUGCGCUCGGUUCCAGAACUCGCUGCGCGCCACAAUCAGCGAGUACAACCUCCAGAUGGACCAGAUUGAUCAGUACGUUAACUGUGACCUCAUCACCAAGUUGGCCGUGCCGUUCGACUACGACUGA